AUGCAUGAACAACCGGCAGCUGGGAAAGAAAAAGAAAAGUCUAUUCGAAAUGAUGAAACAACACCAAUACUGCAUGUCUAUGAUAAUAAUCAAGAAAAAUGGUAUACUGUAGCAAGUCAACUUGUUUUUCCUUUUAUGAUUGCUGGAUUUGGUAUGGUUGCUGCAGGACUUCUACUUGAACAUGUGAAGGAAUUGAAAGUAUUUCGAGAAAUAACAGAAAUUUAUAUACUUGUUCCAGCUUUACUUGAUUUAAAAGGCAAUUUAGAAAUGACAUUAGCUUCUCGUCUAUCUACACAAGCAAAUAUUGGAAAUAUGGAUAAAAUAUGUAAAUUUAAAAGUUUAUUUAUUGGUAAUAUUGUUUUAAUACAAUUACAAGCUAUUGUUAUUGGCUUUCUUGCUGCUAUUGUAUCAAUUUUUAUAAGUUGGUUAUCACAGGAUCAUUUUAAUGUUCGACAUGCUCUUGUUUUAUGCAGUAGCAGUAUUUCAACAGCAGCAAUUGCUUCAUUAGGAUUAAGUUUAAUUAUGAUAAUCGUUAUUGUUUUAUCUCAUAGAUGUAAAAUAAAUCCAGAUAAUAUUGCUACACCAGUAGCUGCAUCACUUGGUGAUAUUACAACUCUUGCUGUUCUAGCUGGUGUUAGUAAUUUUUUAUUUCAAAUCAUUAGUAUGUCACCAAUAAUAAUUGCAAUGUUUAUAUCAAGUACGGGUGGUUUAAUUCUUGCUUUUGCUGUUCAAACACUUCGUGGAGUGUGUGGUAAUCUAGUAACUGUACAAGCAAGUCGACUAUCUACUGCUCUUCACCAACAAGGCAAACCAGGAGAAUUUCAUAAUGAUGAACAAUGUGAUGCUUCAACAGAUUGUCCGAAUCCAUAUAAAAUGUUUUGUUCCAGAAAUAAUGCUUCAUGUAUAGUACGUUUGUUAUUAUUCAUGGCUAUACCGGGUCAUUUAACAUUUCUACUUAUUAUUUGGCAAUUAGCUGCUAAUCACAAUCAAAUUACAUUUCUUUUUAUUUUUCUUUAUCUUAUCGCAGCACUUAUUCAAGUAGCUAUUCUUCUUUAUAUUGCUCAAUGGAUAGUACCGUUCGUUUGGCGACGUCAUGGAGAUCCAGAUAAUGUAUGCAUACCGUAUUUAACAUCUACUGGAGAUCUUUUGGGUACUGCUCUUCUUACAUGUGUCUUUCUACUGCUUGCAUAA